UGGAGAAUGGUGUGACCAGUCCUCUGCCUCUUGGGUUUCUUCUCUUCUCUGUGUGCGCACAAUCUUCCACAAAACCUCAGACGCUCCCCACCCACCGUCCGUAUCCGCUGCCCAAUGUCCAUUGGCACAACAGCAGCACCCUGUGCCUCCUCUGUUCUCCCUCUUGUUCUUGCCCGAGAGCGACCGUAGAUCAGUCCAGACAAACUAGCCAAAGCAACCAUAGAUCAGUCCAGACAAACUAGCAAGCCUCUGAAGAUCUCCUCCUUCUGCAGGAGAGUUUUGUUCGAACAAGUUCGUCGCUUGCCUUGCCAGCCAGCCAGCCUCUGUAUCGUUCCAGGUUCUUCCUCCUUUUUUUCUCUGUUCUUUUCUUAAUCCCUAGUCCGAUAUGGGGUAAUGAUUUGGAGUCCUUGAUAGCGCUCCGCUAGUAGAUAUGAGGUUGCUCGCACGGUUCUUGCCUUUUGUUUUUGGUUGUUGGUUUUAGAUGGUACAGUGGUUAGGUUGCUUUGGUGCUGGUUCUCCUUGGAUACCCACCAAGCAAGCAAGCAAGCAAGCUUCAAUUCCUACCUGAAAUAUAUCGGAGUCCAAUAUUCCCUUUGACGCUCUUCGUUCUAGAGACUGAUUUGUGCUACCUCUUGGGUCAGGCUGCGGGCUGCCUGGAUCCUGGAUGGGCAGGCCUAGAGGUGGGAAGGCCAAGAAAUCGAUGGAAGCUGCGAAGAACGAGGACGCCGGUAGCGCGGGUGAGGAGGUGAUCCCAGCCUACAAGAGGAGGGGACGGCCACAGAAGCUUCUCAAGCACGACGUCGAUGAGGAAGAGGACACCGCCAUCGCCAAGGUUGAAGACGACGGCGACGGCACAAAAGAAAAGAUUGCGCCGCGCAAGGAGUCGACGGGCGCAGCCGGGAACGGAGGGAAGAAGAGGCGGCGGCAGUCGAAGCGUGGCUCGGAGUCAACGACGGAGAAGAAGGACGGCGCGCCGGCGAGAGCGCCGAACGGAUUCCGGCAGAAUGGGAGUCGGCGGAAGAGCACCCCGCGGAGAGCUGCCGAGGCAGGGGUGGAGACCAAGUGAGGCUCUGAAGACUAAACAAGUGUGCGACGUAAUGGAGAACUGCCUAAUUGCAGCAAGUAGUUAUGUACUAGCUUCAAAAUUGCACUAUUAGUGGUAGCUUUUAGGUUUAUAAGAUUGUGGAUUUUAGGGGUUUAUGUCAGUUAAUUCUAUGGUCAGUGCUAGUGACUGGCACAUGGAUUAAAACUUUCUGAGAGGAACUUCAUUUACAGACCGCUAA